ACUGCACUCUACACGGGGCGAGACACUCCGUCUAUCCCGGGACAGAGAGAGAGAGAGAGAGACAGACAAUCUGUGUAUUGCAGGAGAAGGACGAGACAACCUGCUCUUGGAGAUUUACGCGGUGUCACCCUGGUUCGUCUUAAGAGUCUCCCCGGUCUCCUCACUCUGAUUUAUAGCCGUCUCUCAGGUUGUGAGAUGGUGACAGAGGAGGGGACCGACUGGCUCCUGGCCCUCCUGAGAGAGGUACAGCUUGAGCAGUUUUACCCAAAGAUUCGAGAUGAGUUGAAUGUUACGCGUCCGGGGCACUUCGAUUUUGUGAAACCCUUUGAUCUGGAUCAGAUUGGAAUGGGACGGCCAGGGCAGAGAAGACUUUUUGAAGCAUUAAAAAAGAGGAAGCCCCCUGUCCGACCGAAAUCCUGGAUGUACAAGGUUUUCUCUGCAAAAGCAGCUGAUCAGGUGGACUCUCCCCCGUAUCCAGACUCCCCCCAGUCUCUGUCCUCUCACCCUCGAAGUGACUCUGACUGUUCCCUUAAAUGUCUGAUCAAUGAGCGGGACCUGAGCCUGUUUGAGCGGCUUGGGGAUGGCUGUUUUGGGGUGGUGAGGAGAGGCGAAUGGCGGGUGCCCAGUGGGCGGACGGUAAACGUUGCAGUAAAAUCUUUGCGCACAGACGCUGGCUCUGACCCACAAGCACUUCUCGAUUUUCUCCAAGAGGUGAAUUCGAUGUACGCACUGGACCACCCCCACCUUAUUCGCCUGUAUGGAGUGGUGCUGACACAGCCACUAAAAAUGGUGACGGAGUUGGCUCCAUUGGGUUCUCUGCAGGACGCUCUUCACUCUCGUUAUGGUGCCUUCUCUCUCCAGCUCCUCUGGAGCUAUUCCCUGCAAAUUGCCUCUGGGAUGAGCUACUUGGAGUCUCGGAAAUUCAUCCACCGGGACCUUGCCGCUAGGAAUAUUCUAGUGACAAGUGAGGACGUGGUAAAGAUUGGGGACUUCGGACUCAUGAGAGCACUUGCUGGUCACAAUGACCAUUACAUCAUGUCCGCUAACCGCAAGAUACCUUUUGCUUGGUGCUCCCCUGAAAGUCUGAAGAUUGGAACUUUUUCUCACCCGUCGGAUGUCUGGAUGUUUGGAGUCACCUUGUGGGAGAUGUUCACAUAUGGGCAGGAGCCCUGGCUGGGCUUGAGUGGGAGACAGAUAUUGAUGAAAAUUGACCGUGAGGGGGAACGUUUGGAGCGGCCUGAUGAUUGUCCACAAGCUUUGUAUUCGGUCAUGACAAAAUGCUGGGCACACAGACCAGACCACAGGCCUAACUUCAACAGCCUGAUUGGAUUGCUGCAGGAGGCUCGGCCACUGGAUGUCAGAGUAUCUCACGAUGUGAAUGACCCAGCCUGGCUGCAUCUGGAAGCUGGGGAUAUUGUGACCAUUGUCAACACAGGGUUGGAUCCUCAUUCCUGGAGGGGACAGAACAGACGGACUCUGAAGGUGGGCCCCUUUCCCGUGUCUGUUAUUGCCCCAGAGGACCUUGCUCAAGCUCGGAGCUCUGUACUGCUAUCCAGCAGUCUGGGACAUUUGUCGCUUGGCGAGGGGGACGCAGAUAAUGACAGGAGGAUUAGAGGAAAAGAUGUUGGACGUAGAGGAGGAGCAGGAGCUUCAGGAGUCAAACUGCUGAGGAUGCAACGACUUACGAAAAGCCUUGAGUCCAUCUCUGAACUCUGUCCCCCAAGUGACCAGCACCAUGUGCCAUCACCCAAAAGCCGCGUCCGGGACCUUGAGAGUUCUUCUACCAGUGAGGCAUCACGGCGAAGAAUGAGUGACUUACCCCCACGCCGAAUCCUUCAAAACCUUCGUCCACCAGUACUACCUAAACCUAAGCCCCCCGUUGCUAAAGACAGAUUUAUUCCUCUUCCCCAUGCUGAUUAUCCAUCACAGCCAAUGUCCAGGGUGCACAAGGACAAAAUGUCAGCCUCUACUCCUCUUCUGAAUGUGGGAGAUGCCGGGGCUGCUAAUAGACCCCCUCUAGGGGUUUCUUUGUCUGAUGGGGGAGGAAAAGGUUCAGGACAGCGAGGAUCAGGGGAAAAUGAAUUUCAGAAGAAAAUAAAAGACGUUGAAGAUAGAGUCCAUGGAGUGACCACAGAGGAAUGUCGAGAUGCUCUUCGCUCCCAUUCUGGGGAUGUCACACGAGCGGUUCAGACUCUCAAGGUGGAACAGCUUUAUAACCUGUCCCGUUACACCAAGGACGAAUGCCGACGCAUUUUGGACAAAUGUCAAUGGAGUCUGGAGUCUGCGUCCCGCUACGUGCUGCGACGAGCUAAUUUUCAAUGAACAAAUCUGUUGGUUUUUUUGGGCCAGGAAACAAGAGUAAGGGUGCUGGUCACCUUCACAAUGACCAUUUUAAAGCUUCAUUAAGAUGGCCACAGUCAUCGUAUGUUAGAUGGUUAGAGCCAUUUGUAGAAUGGCUGAAGGAGGGGAACUGUAAGAGCCUCACCAAAUAGUCUGUAUGG